AUGAUCUUCUCUACAUGCCUUCAAUAUCUUUUGGAAGAAUGGCUUCUUAACAAUCUUCUUUAUAUAGUUGUUUACUCAGUGCUGCUGCUUGCUACUAUAUUGUUUGCCGUUCCACUUGCCAUCGUAUUAUUUUUCUAUCUUUCUGCUUUAUUCCUCCACCUGUAUCAAAGGACUCUCAAACUGAAUGGAAAUUAUUGCAGUAAUAUAUGGGAUCCUGUGAAGCUAAUUAUAGCAACCAUAUUGGAUGGAUAUGGAAGAUUAUGGCAUGGGUAUGAGCUCCAUGGCAUCGAAAACAUACCAGAUGGGCCAGGCCUAAUUAUUUAUUACCAUGGAGCGGUUCCCUUGGACUACUUGUAUUUUCUGGCUAAAAUUUUUAUUCUGAAGCGCAGGUGUUGUUACUCAAUAGCAGAUGAUUGUCUUUUCAUAUUUCCAGGUAUUAAAGCAUUAACUGGUGUGACAGGUAUUAUAGAAAAUAAAAAGGAAGAGUGUUUAAAUGUCCUCAAGAAAGGCAAGUUACUUGGAAUUUCUCCAGGAGGAAUGAGAGAAGCACUCUUUAGUGAUGAAUCAUACAAGCUCAUAUGGCAUAAGCGUAAAGGUUUCGCUCAGUUAGCUGUAGAUACAAAAGUGCCUAUUAUACCCAUGUAUACACAAAAUGUUCGAGAAGCAUAUUGGAUCUUCGGGCGAUCAACUUUAGCUAGGAGGCUAUAUGAAUAUAGUCGAAUCCCUUUCCUUCCAGUGUGUGGUGGAUUUCCAGUCAAAUUUCGUACUUACAUUGGAGAACCCAUUCUGUAUAAUCCAAAUGUAACUGCUGAGGAAUUGGCUGCCAAGACCCAAAUUGCACUCCAUUCAUUAAUUAGAAAACAUCAGCAAAUUCCUGGAAGCAUCUGUCGGGCUUUUUUGGAAAGAUUUCACAAAGAAAAGAAAAAGGAAUAA